CUGCUGCUUCACCAGGCUACAACAGCAGUAGGUGGUGCAUAUCUCGACAAAGCAAUUGCUGGGGCUCAGGAGGCAAGCUUAGGAAGGCAACAUGCCCCGGCGGUACAACGAAGCCGUCCACAAGGACAGCGUUGGGGCUCUACUGCAGAGGCAGCCGGUUGGGACCGGUGGAAAUCAUGAUCGAAGGCACCGAGGGGGCGGCUCCGCUGUGAAGAACUACCGUUUGGACAACAGGGCGAACAUCAAGGAGAUUCAGGCGCAAAACCGGCAGGCGAGAGUCCACACGUUCUGCCAAAAGCAGACGAAGAGCACGCCCCCUCCCCCCCCUCGGAGUAUCACUUCAGCCGGAGGUUGGCGUCGCAAAACGAGAGCGGGGUGGUUUGACGGGCGCGUUUCGUCCGCACAGUUGGGCCCGAAACAAAAACCGGCGUCCGUCCGUAUUUACGCGCUCCGCGUUGUUUGGCCGGUUUUCCGGGGUCCGCAGCGGCGGGAAGAGGAGGCUGCACCUCCGGCGGAGCCGUUCAAGCUCCGGCAGUUUAAGAACGUCAAGUCCAGAUUCGCCUCGGAGGCUGCGACGGGAACGGGGACCUCCCAGGGACCAAAGACGAAGACGCCCGGGUGCGGCGAGAAGACACCCCCGGCGUCACGCGACUUCCUCCGAAGAGGCACACGAGAGAAGGUGGCAACGGAGUUGCGGCAAGCGGCCGUACGGCGGCGGCAAGAGAACAACAACAACGCGGCGGGGGCGGUAACGGCGACGGGAUCGAAGCUGUUCGGGGCGACAGGGACGACGUACAGACCGUCGACCCUUUCGCCGCCGCCGAACUGCGCUUCUUCCGAUAGCGGUGCCACCUUCGGUGGUUCAGGGGGCUCCGCGGCGGACGACCGCUUCGGCGGCGGCGGCGGCGGCGGCGGCGGCUGUGGGGUUACGCCUAGAAAGGAGGCGGUGCCUAGAGCGGGGGACGUUGCGCAGCUAGCCCCGCGAUCGGACAGGGACUUCGUGGCUGCGAAUCGGAUGCAGGUGCCGCAGUACCUGGUGUCGAGGCGGGAGCAGUGGGAGAGGGAAGCGGACCGUCGAAAGGCGGAAGCGCCGGACCCGUCCUGCCCCCCCGGGAUGAAGCUAAUGCCGGAGGAGGAGAGGCUGCAGACUCUCAGACAGCUACAGGAGAACGAAUCGUCCUGCCAAAGCCAGCUCAACAAGUUCCCGCUGGUGGUGCAAACCCCGCUCCUGCAGCGCCGGGUGGACGACCUGAACAAGAAGCUAAAGGAGAUCGAUGAGGCCAAGGCCAUAUUCAGUCGAGCUAGGGUUUACAUCGCGCGCGAUUCUUAAGAGAAGCCCGUCUUCUCAAGGGCACCCACACAAAGUCGACUCAAGGGGCCUGCAGAGUUUAUUGGUGGAACGUACGAGGCACGACUCUAUUUUAGUACAUUGUGGUAGUCGGUGGAGAGUACCCCGACCUGCACAUGGAAGAGGUAGUGUAAGCGGAUCGUGUGAAAAAAAAUCGUUUCAAUGUGUGCGUCGUUGGAAGCCGGGGGGCUCACGAAGCCCGGAUCGCAAAUCAAAGCCACGUGUUUGAACUUAUUGUGAGAGAAACGUCUGAUAUACAUUUGGUGAGUGAGAUGAAUUCAGUUUUUUCGUCGAUAGCAGGGCGCAUCGUUUGCCCUAUAACGGUCUCUGUAGCAACCGUCAUGUGUUUUGUGACAGUACUCUUUUUUUCUUUCUUUGGCCUCGGCGACUGCCAACCCCCCC